AUGGACGCUACUCCUCCUCCAAUAACUCCCACCAAACGCUCCAUAACCGAACCCACACAAAUCCGGAUCCUCUGCCCGUCACUAAAAACCGGCGCUGUCAUUGGCAAAGGCGGCUCCACCGUCCGUCAUAUUCAAUUUCUCACUGGCGCGAAAAUCCGCCUCCUCGACGACCCUCACAUUCCCUAUUGCGAAGACCGCAUAAUCCUCAUUACUCUAAACAGUGGCAAAAUCCCCAAAUCAGACGACUCCAACACUGCGACCACCGAUCACAACAAAGAAGAUGCUAAUGACGGAGAGGGCAUUGCUGGUGGUGGCGGUGAAGAGGAGGAAGGUUCGGGUCCGGUGAAGAAAGCGGUGGUUAGGGUUUUUGAGAAGAUAGUGAAAGGGGACAGUGAGGAGGAGUUGAGUGAAGCUGUGAUGGUGACGUGUAAGGUUUUAAUUGGUAGUAGUAAUCUGGGAGGGAGUUUGUCAAAGGUCUUGGAGAAGACUAGAGUAGAGAGUGGAGCACAAGUUAGGGUUUCAAAUCGUGACCAAAUUCCUGCUUGUGCUUCUCCCGGUGAUGAAUUGAUUAUGAUUACAGGAAGUUUUUCAGCUGUAAAGAGAGGACUCCUGUCUGUUUCAAGUUGUAUUCAAGAUAGCCCGAGAGCAGAAACUGCCAAGUUUGGUGCAGUUGGAUUCCCUGGAAAUGCUAUGCCUGCACAAGGGGACUUGCUUCAACGAGGUUAUGGAUCUGGUCUUCAUGCUGCAGACUAUCAUCCAAGAGGGUAUUCUCCUAAUUUUGAAGAGGAGGUUGUAUUUAGGUUGUUAUGCCAGGCUGAUAAAGUUGGCAGUUUGAUAGGGAAAGGUGGCUCGGUGGUACGGGCUUUGCAAAAUGAAACGGGUGCGUCUAUCAAAAUUGCUGAAGGUGUAUCUGAUUCAGAUGAACGUGUGAAGUCAGAACAAAGACACUCUCCUGCUCAGGACGCUGUUAUUCGUGUGCAAUCCAGAAUUGCAGAGAUUGGAUUUGAGCGUGGUGCUGGAAUUGUUGCUCGGCUUCUUGUGCAUCCACAACAGGUAGGUGUUUUGUUGGGUAAAGGAGGCAAGAUCAUAAAUGAAAUGAGACAUGUUACCGGUGCUAGUAUAUGUGUAUUUCCAAAGGAGCAAGUUUCGAAGUAUGGUUCUCAAACUGACGAAGUUGUUCAGGUUCUUGGCAGCUUGCAUUCUGUACAGGAUGCUUUAUUUCAAAUAACAAGCAGACUUCGGGAUGUUAUAUUUCCAAUGAAGCCACCAUUCUCAAGCCCUGCUCCCCUGCCCUACCCACCACCCUCUUUUCCAGAAAUGCACCCCCCUCAAUUUAGGCCAAGACCUACUCCUGCCUCUCCAGGUCCUUACCCUUCUCCUGUUGGACCUUUCCAAGGCAUGGAUCGUUCUGCUAAUCACCAGCCUCCAUUUUCAUAUGGCAUGGAUCGUGGUGGUCCUCCUAAUUUGGACCGAGGUCCCUAUCCAUAUGGUGGCGAGAGACCAGGACAUGGUCCUGGACCAUUUGAAUGUUCUCCAAGAUCAUUGACUGGUCAGCCAUUUAGCAAUGGGAACCCUAGGGGAGGUGCUGAUCUAGGUUCUGGCUCCGUUGCAAGAAAUGGGCAUUCUGCAAGCAGCGGAAGUCUAGCUACAUCUGUUGAGGUAGUCAUUCCUAAAAAAUUGCUGACCCAUGUGUACGGAGAGAAUAAUACUAAUUUGGCUCAGAUCAGACAGAUUUCAGGUGCAAGUGUUCUAAUUCAUGAUCCGAAGCCUGGGGCAACCGAAGGUGUGGUGGUAGUGUCCGGAACAUCUGAUCAAAUGAGAGCUGCACAGAGCCUUAUCCAUGCCUUCAUUCUUUGUGGACAGACAUUUCCUUGA